AUGCACAAGUGUGUGAAGGCGUGGAAAAAGCAAACAUGGGAGCAGGAAGAAGCAAAAGUCAAGCAAAGUCAAGCAAGCGAAGCAAGGCAAAACGCGCUGCUUAUUUAUGUCUUGGCCCCUCCUCCCUCCCUUCUUCAGAGUAUCCCCGUCCAGGCGACCCUCCAGCACGCUGCCGCCGCUGCUGCUGCCGUUGCGCCGCCUGGUGUCGCCCAGGGAGCGCCCAGCAGUCCCGGUGCUCCCGGCUCGCUCGAGUGCCAGUGGCAGGGCUGCCAGGAGCACUGUCCGACUCCAGAGGCCCUCUACGAACACGUCUGCGAGCGCCAUGUCGGGCGUAAGAGCACCAACAACCUCAAUCUGACCUGCGGAUGGUCGAACUGUCGAACCACCACCGUCAAGCGAGACCACAUCACCUCGCACAUCCGAGUCCAUGUCCCCCUGAAGCCUCACAAGUGUGACUUCUGCGGCAAGGCCUUCAAGCGGCCCCAGGAUCUCAAGAAGCAUGUCAAGACCCAUGCAGACGACUCCGUCCUGGUGCGGUCGCCAGAACCAGGUGCCGGACAGCGCCAACAGCCUCCAAAUGGCAUGUUUGGAGUCGGACUCGGCCCAGAUGGAAAGCCGGCUCACUUUUUCGAAGGUUCGCUGGGAGCGGUUCCACAGGCUGCCUAUGGUCAUCCUCCGCCGCAGUACUAUCAGGCCCAGCACCCCCAGCAACAGCCAGCCCAGUCGUACGGAAACGUAUACUAUGCCGUCGGCCAAGAUGCCGCUCACCAGGCUUCCUACGAGUCCAAGAAGCGUGGAUAUGAUGCGCUGAAUGAGUUUUUCGGAGACUUGAAACGCCGUCAGUUCGACCCUACCUCCUAUGCGGCAGUUGGACAGCGUCUGUUGAACCUCCAUGGCCUCCCGCUGCCCCUGACCCACGCCGGUGCAGUGCCAGAAUACCAACCAAUGCCUGCCAUGGUCAGCGUCGGCGGCCAUGGAGGCUAUCAGUCGGGGCCUAUCCCGACCCAGUCAUACCACCUGCCUCCAAUGGGCAACCUGCGGACCAAAGCUGACUUGAUGAACAUUGACCAGUUCCUGGAGCAGAUGCAGUCCACCGUCUACGAGAGUGAUGACAACGUAGCUGCCGCCGGCGUCGCCCAGCCAGGAGCCCAUUACGUUCAGGGACCCCUGAGCUACCGCACCACAAACUCGCCCCCAACGCAGCACCAGCAGCACCACCACCAUCACCAGCAGCAUCAUCAGCAUGCCACGGCAACGACGGGGGUCAGCUCUGCACCCAUGAUGAGCACUUCCGCCGCCAGAUCCCCGCAUACCUCCACUCCAGCCCUCACUCCGCCGUCCAGUGCCCAGUCGUACACUUCGGGACGCUCCCCGAUCUCCCUCGCCUCGCACCACGGCAUGUCUCCUACCCACAACCCUUCGACGGCAGGCAUGUACCCGACCUUGCCAGCCACGACAGGCCAGGACAGCCUCUCAGCCGGCUACCCGACCACCGUCUCCAGCGCCGCUCCUCCUUCAACACUAAGCAGCAUCUUCGACGAUGACCGCCGCAGGUAUACGGGCGGCAUGCUUCAACGCUCCCGUCCAGACAUCGACUUGUCUGCGCCCACCAUCAAGCGCGACGAGGAGCCAAAACUGUCGAGCAGCGUGAUCGACCCAGCCCUACGCCGAGCUUCGUCCGACAUGGACCCUGAAACGGAAGAAGACAGCACCAAGCGUAGAAGCCAGUCUGCCACUCCAACCCCAACCACUGCACCUGCAGCCUCGAGUGACGAGCGCCUCACGGGCGGAGAACAGCAAUGGGUCGAAAACGUCCGUCUCCUCCAGCGACUCCGUGAUUAUGUCCUCGAACGGUUGAAUUCCGGCGACUACCUUGGUGGUGAAGAAGGCAGUGACUCCAAGAAGGAUGCCGAAGACGAGGAGACCAGCAAGGAUGACGCCAGCAGUGAGACAGGCGACUAUCCCAGCAUCAAGAUGCACGGUAUGGAAGCCAUCGCUGCCGCUGCCGUGGCACACGAGACCGACCGAUCAGCAACCCCAACCGCUGAGAAUGCGGGUCCCAGCACUGUUGUCGAUGCAGAGGAGGAGGCCAAGCGGGCCGGUGAGAACCUCUAUCCCGUGUUGAAGAUGGCCGUGGACGAUGACGGCGCGGACACAGACGGGGACGAGAAGAUGGGUCAAUAG